GAGAGACUUCAGCGCGUUACUUCAAUGCCGUAUGCGUAUCGAUCAUAUUAACUUUCUAAUGUUUGAAAGAAUUCAUUAAGGAAUGCGCGGGUCUCCUUUGUCAAUUAGCCGGAUCUGCAAGCUGCAAGACCAAUAUUGACAGCAUAGAGGGGGCAAAAUGGGCGGUCGAUCGGGCGGGAUCUGACCGAACCGGACGAAAAGCGAGGUUGUUCUCUCCGUGAACGCAGUAUAGAGUCUCUGAUGCCAGAACGAGGUCCAGCGCAGAGUGCUCUGCGCAUCACAUGUACGCGAUUCACGCUGGCAUCACUGCUGCCAAUAGUCAUACUGGACUCUAUUCUUCAAUCGCCAGAUGUCAUUGGCAUCUUCGUCCAUGGUUGGGAGUUAUGUGUGAAUAUACUGUGCGAGUAUUAUCGCGACUGCAAUAUUUUCUCCCUUGACUCUUUUAUUUGAAGUAUUCUGAAAUCAUCGAGAAUCACUGAAAUUCAUCAAAAAUAUGAUAAAUCGUGUUCGGCCUCGUCUUGUGACCUUCGACGUGACCGGCACGCUGUUAAUGACGAAACUCGAAGAACAUUACGUCGAGAUUGGUUCUCAACAUGGUUUAUUCAUUGAGCCGAAAAAAUUGGCGCGAAGUUUUAAAAGCAAUUUCACGCAACUUAGCAAGGAGCACCCGAUAUAUGGCAAGCACACUGGUUUGGGAUGGGAGAAUUGGUGGAGAACAAUUGUGCAUAAUGUAUUCAGAGAUCAACAUGCUUCUGUGUCAAAGGAUGAAUUGAACAGGGUCGCUGACAGCCUGAUAAGUUGCUAUGGCACCAGCAGAUGCUGGCACAAGUAUCCUGGUACUAUUGAUCUACUCGACUUCCUGCGAAGAAGGAAUGUCAUUCUGGGUGUCAUUUCGAAUUUCGACGAACGAUUAGAAUCAAUCCUCAAGGAUACUCAAAUUCACCAAUAUUUUACCUUUGUUUUAACUUCGUACAAUCUUGGUGUAGAAAAGCCGAGCUUGCCGAUAUUCGAGGAAGCGUUAAGAUUAGUGAAGUAUCUUCGAGAAGAGGAAAUAUCGCCUCAGGAAGCGACCCAUAUCGGUGAUAGAUUGGACAAUGAUUAUUUUGGAGCGAAAAACGCCGGUUGGAAUGCUUUGUUAAUUAAACAUGAGGAUGAAAUUGAUGAAAGCAAAAUAUCCAAGGAAGAUAUUUUUGGAAGUUUGAAGGAGCUUCAAGAACACUAUAGGAGGAUAUUUGGAACGAAUUACAUAAUGCGAUGAUAUUAUAUCUAUUAUUUGAAUAAUAUUAGAUUUAUAUAGUAAAACAAUUUUAUAAUGAUAUAGAAUUAUUUCAAUUAUAUUUAUAUUUGGUAGCAAUUUGUAUAAAAAACAAUUUGAUCAGGAGAAAUGAGUACACAAGUUUGAUUUAAUCUUUUUUUAUCUUGUAUUUUAAUCUCUGCAUAUAUUUAGUGUAUUAGGUAUUUAUAGAUAUUUAAAUAUGAAUAUUUGGUAAAUGUGAUAUAUGAUAAAUUAUAUACUUGUUAAAAUAAUCAAGAAGAAUCUUUAAUCUGGUUUUAAUAAUCAUCAAAUAAUUAUGUAGAUGUGAACAAAGGGAACAAUAACAACUCUAUUAUCAAGACACAUA